UGCUGAUUUCAGCCCUGUAGCGUCAGGAUUGCGUCAAUUUGGGUUUCAGCCACGUCUUCAGUCUCAGGGCAGAGCUACACAGAAGAGCCAAAACAGGAAGGAGGUUGCAUAUCAGUGUGCAAAGGGGAGGACCGAAGCUUCCCCUCCCCUCGCUCCUCCAGCCCCCUCGCAUCCUCCUCCUCCACCUUCCCCACCGCUCGUGUCUCCAGGUUUUGUUUUCCGUUGUUUUUUUUAUUUUUUUAUUUUUUUAUUUUUUUUAAACCACGUUCGAAAAGCCGGCUGCCCGAGUGGUUUGAGAGACGGAGACAGCUUCGGAGCUCCGGGCAGGUCUCUGGACACCGGGGGGGAGGCUCCUGUUCCCAGUCAGAAAGCUCCAGCACCGCGGGCCGCAUCCCCAACACCGCGGACAGAAUCCCCAGGUCCGGGGACAGCAUCCCCUGCACAGCGGACAGCAUCCCCAGCACCGCGGGCAGCGCACGCCGCCAACAUGGCUCCGAUCGCGGCCAGCCGCCAGCACUUCGAUGAAAUUCCUACAGUGGUUGGGAUCUUCAGUGCGUUUGGCCUUGUCUUCUCUGUCUCCCUUUUUGCUUGGAUCUGCUGCCAGCGCAAAUCUUCCAAAUCCAACAAGACCCCUCCAUAUAAGUUUGUCCAUGUUCUGAAGGGAGUUGAUAUUUAUCCUGAGAAUCUCAACAGUAAGAAGAAGGUUGGAGCAGAUGAUAAAAGUGAAGCAAAGAACAAAUUGGCAAUGCCUAAGAAUUCUCUCCAUCUAGACCUAGAGAAGAGAGAUCUAAAUGGCAAUUUCCCCCAAACAACCUCUAAAAUACAGAGCUCUCCAGAUCUUGAAAAUGUGUCUCCGAAACACUUUUCAGAAAGUAAGAAAGAUUCAGUAUCCCCUGAUAGUUUAAAGUCCAUCACAUCCCUUUCAUCUGAAGAAAAACAAGACAAGCUAGGAACACUCUUUUUCUCUUUAGAGUACAACUUUGAGAAAAAGGCAUUUGUAGUGAACAUCAAGGAAGCACGUGGGCUGCCAGCAAUGGAUGAACAGUCAAUGACUUCUGAUCCCUACAUCAAAAUGACAAUCCUGCCUGAGAAAAAGCACAAGGUGAAAACCAGAGUGCUGAGAAAAACCUUAGAUCCAGCUUUUGAUGAGACUUUCACAUUCUAUGGGAUCCCCUACAGCCAAAUUCAAGACUUAGCACUUCACUUUAUGAUCUUGAGCUUUGACAGGUUUUCCAGAGAUGAUGUCAUUGGAGAAGUCCUCAUCCCCCUUGAAGGAACUGAAUUGUCAGAAGGAAGGAUGCUAAUGGACAGAGAGAUCAUCAAAAGAAAUGUUAGAAAAUCAUCUGGGCGUGGAGAAUUACUGAUCUCUCUCUGUUAUCAGUCUAUAACAAACACGCUAACUGUUGUUGUUUUAAAAGCCAGGCAUCUACCUAAAUCUGAUGUGUCAGGAUUAUCAGAUCCUUAUGUCAAAGUGAACCUGUACCAUGGUAAGAAAAGAAUUUCUAAAAAGAAAACCCAUGUGAAGAAGUGUACCCCCAAUGCAGUGUUCAAUGAAUUGUUUGUCUUUGACAUUCCUUGUGAGGGCCUUGAUGAUAUCAGCAUUGAAUUUUUGGUUUUAGAUUCAGAUAGAGGGUCAAGAAAAGAGGUCAUUGGCCGGUUAACCUUGGGAUAUUCAGCAGAAGGAACAGGUGGAGAACACUGGAAGGAAAUUUGUGAAUAUCCUAGGAGACAAAUUGCCAAAUGGCAUAUGUUGUGUAAUGGUUAGCAGCUCAGAGAGGGGUUGGAACUUGAAAAACUAUAUAUAUUUCCAUAUGCAAGGAGCAGUUUUCUUUCUUUGCUAUGUAUAAUUACAGGCUUGUAACUACAAGACUUUUUUUGUGGGGGUGGGGGAGUAAAAACUGGAUUGAAUUAUCAAAAUAGAAGGUAACUAAAUUUUCAGAGUAAAUAAAGGAAUUUCUAUUUCAUUAGGCUUUAACUUAAUUUGAUUAAAUUUAUAUUCUUCUGUAGUUUACAUAGCCUAAAACUUCUGAAGCAGUAUAAACUUCAAUAAGGAAGUUUCUCUUUUUGAUUGUUUCAUUAAAUGAAAAACAAAGAAAACAGUGAGACAGAAUACAAAACCUUUUUCAGCCGUUUAGCUUCCUGAGCUGUGAGUUAUAUCAUUACAGUCAAUAAGACUACUCACAACAUACAAAGUUUAAUGCAUUUUUUAACUUUUGCAGGAUAGGAAAACAAACUGUCAUUAUAAUUUAUACAGUAUUAUGUUAGACAAACUACUUGAAAAGUGCGUUUCACUUAGCUGAUAUGCAUUAAUAUCCAUUACUGAUUGUACUGAAAAUUGGUGGUGGUAAGAAAAAGUUUUAUAAUUUCAUGCUAGUGUGACAUAUGUAUGCUUAAACUUAAAUUGUGCCAGGCUAGGGGAAUAUAAAGUGUCAAAACCCAAGUAUAUAAACAAAGCAUCUAGGCCUGUGAAAUUUACUCUUGGUCACACUUCAUACAUUUUUAGGCUGUCAGAACUAUAGCACAACUAUAAGAUUAUUUCCUAAAGUUUGUACACUGAUUUCUGAUACAGAAGUUUGAAAAUACUACUCCUAUGUCAUUUUUACAUUAUAUGUAAAGAAGAAUAUGAUGAUGUUAGUUGUUAACUGAAGAAUGAUUUAAAAAGUGGAAAACAGUUUUCAGUAUUUUUGCAUAUGUCAUUUUGUCACAUGUAAUCCCACUAAAGUGAAUGAAACUAUUUGGGAAUUAAGGUAUUGCUCAGUGUGAGUAAAGGUAAGAGAAUGGGCAUGCCAGGAAAAAAAAAAGUGUUUUAGAUGUUCAGUUAUGCUCAUUAAACAACAGAUGCAGGUCUUAUUCAAAACUGUUGGAGAUUUGUUGACUUUUCCCUGUUCCCAUAUGGCCAAAUUAUGGUUGCAGUAAAGGACACUGAAAUAUGAAAUAUGCAAGUAGAGAAAUAGUACUGGAAGAAUUCUAUUGAGGCUCUUUCAGGUUUUGUGUCAGUAAUUUCUCCAGUUUUUGAGAAUGUUUGAUAUGACAGUGUUUAUAAAGUUCUGUAAAAAUUCAUUUUCAAAAUAACAUAAACAUGCUUUCUAUGAUAACACUCAAUGUAAAAAAAUGCAUAUUGUAUGUGUAAAGGAGAGGAAUCUUUUUUGCUUAUUUCUUUAGAAAGCUGAUGAACUGCUCAAGGGCUAGAGUUUGCCAACCCAAUUAUAUCAAGUAGAUAUAAUUCAAAGACACUAGGUCAAAGAAAAGAUGCCCACAGGCUUCAGUGGGGUUUGAAGUGGAAUCACAGAGCAAAACUCUUCUUGUGAGACAACCCAGCACAAUGGCACCAUAGAUAGGGGGAGACACUCUUUGAUUUAAUAUUGUCUGGGAGAGUUUAAGGCAGUACCAUGCGGCCAGAGCUGUUACUAUUUCUAGUAAGGACAUAAAAAACUUCAUAAUGAAAGUGAUUGCACCAAAUAGAGUGGUAGAGUGGGAUUGCCUGCAAUUAAAAAAAAAAAAGAAAGAAAGGAGGUUUUGUAUAUUGGCCCAUGAAUAACACAUUAUCUCUAAAAAUCAGAUGACAGGUGUCAUCUGUCUCCAAUGGACACAAAUUCUGACAUCAGGAGAAAAAAAUCCACCCUUUAAAGUUAAUGAUGGGCUAUGACCAUUGUUCAUUUUGCAUCUAACAAGUUGCCAUCAAAACUGUUUAAAAGUUUAUAUAGCAGCCUGAAGGUUAAUAUUUCUACCAGAUAAAUGGCAGUCAUUGAUGGGGGUAGGGGGUAGGAAUGGGAAAGGGAAGCAAAGAAAUUUUUAUUAAAUUGAAAAAACUGUAAAUAGAUUUUUUUUUCAUUUAAAGCAAUGUUUAGCUUGGAAAGUUGAGUAAAGAAGACUUGUAACACAUCUGUAAACCAGACAAGGCAGGAGCGAAUGUAGACCUGUCUUGAGAUGAGAAAUUCUGCUGUUUUAUAAAGUAUUCAAUUCUCACUGUGAAUAUCUCGAACUCUGUUAAAGAUACUGUAUUGUAUUAAACAUGUAAAAAAUGAUGUUUGUCUAAGUAGUUUACAAAAACAAUAACUCCUUGAAUGGGAGGCUAUCCAUGUAUGGAAAUCUGUCAUAACUAAAUACCUGAUUUGUUAUGGUGUUGUAACUUAAUAGAAACUGUUCGAGAGGAAGCAUGGUGUAUGAGAUUUUGUAAGUUAUUUGUGCUGGUUCUGUGUGUUGUGCCAUGUGUGUAAGACAAGAAUAAACUGCUGCUUUUGUUCAUCCCAUCCCAAAACAAUUAUCCCACCAAUGUGUCUUUUCCAGAGACUUCUGCUAUUAUUUCUGCUCACAGUUUACUCUUUCAUGCUUCUGUCAAAAAAAAAAUAAUAAAAAAAUUGACCUAAAAAAUCUUCCUCUUCUCACAGAGGUGGAUCAGAGUUAUUCUGCCAAAUAUUACCCAGGCUUAUCACAUAUUCUUUAUUCUCAGAUUCUUGGUGUAUUUGUCUUGAAUUUUACUAUACACUCAGGCUAGAACUUGAGGCAUUGCCCGUGUUGGAAAAACUGAGUCCUACUAAAUGAGGAUGAAUUCUAGAAUAGUAGGUGAAAGAAGUAAAAUGCAAGUCACAUUAUUGUUGGAAUCCUGAUGACAUUCCAUUUUGUUUUCCAGAAGUAAAAAAUAUCCCUUGGACAAUCAUGCUGUAACACUCUUACUUCCUUUAUAGUCAUGUCAGGCACCUUCUCAUCAGAUGAGAUGGAUAGAGAACACAUUCCUUCAA